AUGUUGAAAAGCAUAGCAAACGCGAGCACUGCUCCAACUUAUCAUUGUCACAGAAACAAGCUAAACUAUUCCAAUUCUCCGAAUUGUUUCAUCUUCUUCAGACAAACUUCGAGAACAUGUCUGUUAUCUUCGAAUAUGGACCUUUCUUGUCGUGGCAGUGUCGGUGCCUCUGCGUCUUUGGCUGAGACUACUCACAAUGUAACCGUGGACGAAAAUGCCAAAAUUUGCCAGUUCUGCGAAAUGGGUGAUCUCAGAAAUGCCAUGGAAUUUCUCACAAGGUCACAAAGAUCUGAGCUUGAGUUGAAUACUUACUGUUCUGUCUUGCAGCUCUGUGCUGAGCUUAAAUCUUUGGAAAAUGGAAAACGGGUUCAUUCCAUUAUCACUUCCAGUGGCAUGGUAAUUCACGGGGCUUUAGGGGCAAAGCUAGUCUUCAUGUAUGUGAGUUGUGGUGAUUUGGUUGAGGGGAGACGAAUAUUUGAUAAGAUUCUCAACGAUAAGGUUUUUCUCUGGAAUCUUAUGAUGUCUGAAUAUGCAAAGAUUGGUAAUUACGGGGAAAGUGUGUGUCUUUUUAAGAAAAUGCAGAAGUUGGGAAUUACUGGGGAUUCUUAUACAUUUACUUGUAUCAUGAAAUGUUUUGCUGCAUUGGGCAACGUAAGGGAGUGUAAAAGGGUUCAUGGGUAUAUUUUAAAACUGGGUUUUGGUUCUUAUAAUACUGUUGUUAACUCUCUAAUUGCGGCUUAUUUUAAAUUUGGUGGAGUUGAGAGUGCACAUAAUCUGUUUGAUGAAUUGAGUGAUCGAGAUGUUGUUUCCUGGAAUUCUAUGAUAAAUGGGUAUGUUAUGAAUGGUUUUUCCAGAACUGGACUUGAGUUUUUCAUUCAGAUGCUGGCUUUGGGUGUUGAUGUGGAUUUGGCUACCUUGGUUCACGUCCUUGUGGCUUGUACAAAUAUUGGCAACCUUUCAUUGGGUAGUGCUCUUCAUGCUUAUGGAGUGAAAGCUAGUCUUAGUGGGGAAGUCAUGUUUAACAAUACCUUACUCGACAUGUAUUCAAAAUGUGGUAAUUUAAACGGUGCAACUGACGUUUUUGUGAAGAUGGGUGGAACUACUAUUGUUUCUUGGACCUCAAUCAUAGCCGCUUAUGUACGAGAAGGUUUAUAUGAUGAUGCUGUCAGAUUAUUCGAUGAAAUGCAAUGCAAAGGUGUUAGCCCAGAUAUUUAUACUGUCACAAGCAUUGUUCAUGCUUGCGCAUGUAGCAACUCCUUGGAUAAAGGAAGGGAUGUACACAAUUACAUUAAAAAGAAUAACAUGGGGUUGAGUUUGCCUGUCUCUAAUGCUCUCAUGAAUAUGUAUGCAAAAUGUGGAAGCAUGGAAGAAGCUCAUUUAGUUUUCUCUCAAAUUCCAGUAAAGGACAUUGUCUCAUGGAAUACAAUGAUUGGAGGUUAUUCAAAAAACUCACUUCCCAAUGAAGCUCUAGAACUUUUUUUGGACAUGCAAAAACAAUUAAAGCCUGAUGACAUUACAAUGGCUUGUGUCCUUCCAGCUUGUGCAGGCUUAGCAGCUCUAGACAAAGGCAGGGAGAUGCAUGGGUACAUAUUGAGAAAUGGGCACUUUUCAUAUUUGCAUGUAGCCUGUGCACUUGUUGAUAUGUAUGUGAAGUGUGGAUUACUAGUUCUUGCACAACUACUGUUUGAUAUGAUUCCUAAAAAGGAUCGGAUCUCAUGGACUGUUAUGAUAGCCGGAUAUGGUAUGCAUGGGUUUGGCAAUGAGGCAAUUUCCACUUUUAACAAAAUGAGGAUUGCAGGUAUUGAGCCUGACGAGUCCUCCUUCACUUCUAUACUUUCUGCUUGCAGUCACUCUGGAUUAAUGAACGAGGGAUGGAAAUUCUUUAAUUCCAUGACUAGUGAAUGCGGCAUCGAGCCCAAGUUAGAACACUAUGCCUGCAUGGUGGAUCUCCUUGCUCGCUCUGGAAAUCUAUCAAAGGCGUACAGGUUCAUUGAGACUAUGCCAAUUAAACCAGAUGCUACAAUUUGGGGCACCUUGCUUUCUGGAUGCAGGAUCCAUCAUAAUGUGGAGCUAGCAGAAAAAGUGGCAGAGCAUGUUUUUGAGCUAGAGCCAGAGAACACAUGGUAUUAUGUUCUUCUGGCGAAUGUCUAUGCAGAGGCAGAAAAGUGGGAAGAAGUGAAAAAGUUACAAAGAAGGAUAGGUAAACGGGGAUUAAAAAAGAAUCCAGGCUGUAGUUGGAUAGAGGUUCGAGGAAAAUUUAAUAUCUUUGUUGCAGGAGAUACUUCACAUCCUCAAGCCAAAAGGAUAGACUUGUUGCUGAAAAGAUUGAGAAUGAAAAUGAUGAAUGAAGGUUACAAUACUAAGAUGAGGUAUGCGUUGAUUAAUACAGAUGUUAUGGAGAAGGGAGUGCUUCUGUGUGGGCACAGUGAGCAGUUAGCCAUGGCUUUUGGUAUAUUAAAUUUGCCACCUGGGAGGACUAUUAGGGUCACCAAGAAUCUAAGAGUAUGUAGGGACUGUCAUGAGAUGGGGAAGUUCAUGUCCAAGACAACCAGGGUGGAAAUUGUCUUGAGAGAUUUAAACCGGUUUCACCAUUUCAAGGACGGUUUAUGUUCUUGUAGAGGUUUCUGGUAA